AUGACCAGAUCUGAGAAUAGCAGGAUUCAGUUUGAUCCAGAAAUCGAGAAGACUGCAAAAAGGUUGAGAAAAGCAACUAAGUUGCAAAAACAGGCCAAUUUGGGAGCCUCUCAACCAUCUGCCCGAUCUCCUUUGCGCACUGAAGAGACCUCAUCUUCAACACCAACUGAGCCUCUAAUUGACACAAAUCAAAGAGACAAUAUGGCCGCAGCUGCUGCCGCUGAAGAGCAACCCCUUUGCAUAACAUACCCAAUACUGAAUGCACCCUUGGAAUUACGAACAGGACUGUUGCCAUUAGAACGAAGAAUAAUAGAUGCUGCUAGUGGAGGAGCCAUUGCAGAAAUGGAACCUGAAGAAGGUAAAACUUUAAUCUCCAAAUUAGCUGCCAAUUCUAGACAAUAUGGCCGAGAAGAGGACAUUCCAAGAAAUGCCAAUGAAGUAAGUAUUGCAUCUUUAGAUUCUAAAAUUUCACAACUAACAGCUGCAAUUCAACAAUUGGGUGCAGGGAACAAUACACGAACUUGUGGCAUUUGCAAACAAGCAGAUCACCCCACAGAUAUGUGUCCUAUCCUUCAAGAAGGAGAGCAACAAGUAAAUGCCAUUGGAGGAUUCAAUGGACAACAAUUCAAUGGACAACAAAGGAAGUAUGACCCAUUUUCAAGCACUUACAAUCCAGGGUGGAGAGAUCAUCCAAACCUUAGUUAUGGGAAUAGACAGCAGAACUACCAACCAAGGACCAACUAUCAAGCUACAAAAUCAGGUAUGUCUCUAGAAGACAUUGUUCAAUCCCUUGCUAAUAGCACUCUUGCUUUUCAACAGGAAACAAAGUCAAGCAUUCAGAAUUUGUUGAAUCAAAUGAGCCAACUUGCUACAUCAGUAAGCAAGCUAGAAUCACAAGGGAAACUGCCCUCCCAAACUAUGCCAAAUCCAAAACAGAACGCAAGUGCAAUUACCUUGCGAAGUGGGAAGGAGUUGGAGUCUGCCAGCCAGAAGAGGCUUGCCCAAGGUAGUACAACAGACCAGAAGGUAGAAGCAGAAAUAGAGAUUCCAGAAGAGAAACAACCCCAGGAAUCUGAGGAAGAACAAACUCUGAUGCAGGUAAUUCGUCCACCUUUUCCCGAAAGACUUGCACAAACAAAGAGGGAAAAGGAAGAGAAAGAGAUCUUAGAGAUCUUUCGCAAGGUCCAGGUAAACAUACCCCUUAUUGAGACCAUAAAACAAAUACCCAGGUACGCGAAAUUUCUAAAAGACCUUUGCACUAAUAAAAGAAAAUUGUAUGGGCAUGAAAAGAUUAAAGUAGGGGAGAAUGUGUCAGCUGUACUCCAAAGAAAAAUUGCACCAAAAUGUAACGACAAAGGCAUGUUUGCUAUAUCAUGUAAAGUAGGAAACCUUGAACUAAAAAAAGCAAUAUGUGACUUAGGAGCUUCCAUAAAUGUUAUGCCUCUAUCAGUUUAUUUGUCUUUGGAUGCAGGCCCGUUAAAACAAACAGGAAUCACACUCCAACUCGCCGAUAGAUCAAUAGUCUAUUCUAAGGGUGUAUUAGAAGAUGUUUUGGUCUAA